UUUGAACGUCUCUUCAAACUGCCUACUCAAAGCAUAGCGACCUCUCAAGUCACAGCUCCCAACCCAACAAACCUACAUUUUGAACCUUAUUCCAUCUCUUCUGUUCACAAUCUGUGCCGACGUGACACUAGAGCCGACUUAGAGGCUGUUGCUGCUGCUGUUAAUCCAAAUGCAAGUCUACCAGAUUCAGCGUCAUGUGUAGUUAAUGCGCUUAAAGAAGAUUGGUCCCCAGUUGCUGAGUCUUCGAACGUUCAGCUUUUCUGUCAGCACAUUCCUUGUCCAACCAGCUCUUCACACCUGAUUUCAUCAUGCAAUACACCUACUUCUAGUAUUCUGAAAGGGAGAAGUGAGCCGACACCUAGAUUUUGUGAAUCCUGUCAUCACAACGAAUCUGAACACAAUUCUCAUAUCGAACCUGCAUCACGCUACUCAGGAACGUCAAGAUGGUUCUCCAACCUUACUAGGCACACUCGUUCAGAUUCCUCUCCCUCAUCUGUUUCCAACCUGGAUCAGCUGCUUGGUCGUCAUCCUCGCCAGCCCAUUUGCUGCGCUAUUAUUAUCUCUGAUUCAUUACAUACCAAUACCGGUGCUGACAAAAUAUCAUCAUCUCCAGCACAUUACUCCCAGUCUUUGCUAUCCAGUCCAUCUAUUUCCUUUGCAUCUCUAGAAGGCAGUCGUAAGGCCCGUUUUCGCUCUUCUGGUUCCAGCCACUCGACAACACUUCCAGCUACCUCUUUACCUGCACAAGACACUUUCACGCUUGUCCUGCCCUUUCUUAAGAUUUCCUCCGUUCAGCAGUUCGGCACUCUCAAUACGAAUUCUUUUGGUGCAUUUGCUGGAGUUAGCAAUAAUUUUAAUACCAUUCGACAAAAAAAGGGCACGUCUAAUUUUUGCCUUGCUUCCACUUCUCCCCAGGGGGCCAUCGAAUCCUGUCAUCGGUUUAUUCCAUCUCAAGUCUACAUACUGGAUGCUUGGCCAUUUUACACUGUCCGUCUGCCUGACACCACUGCCUGGUUUUCACCAAGGGCCCGUUUUACCAUAGAUUCUAGGACUAUGUCUCUUGAGUUUUCAUCAGCGCCCAUGGUGCCGCAGCAACAAGUGCCACUGCCUGCAACCUUGUUGCCACCAUUUGAUUUUCCGUCGAUCUCUGUCUCUACUGCUCCGUUGUUACGAGCCCUGCUGACACGACGAAUACCAAAACAAUCACAGCAGCAAUCCGUUAAUACAAUGAGUACGCUAUCCAGGCCGAAAGAUGUUGAUCUGAUUGUGAAAGAUCGAAAAGAGUUGGGCUUAAAUGAGACUCAAGUUAAGCAAAGUGAGUUUAUUGAGUGUGUACAAAUUAAUUUUAUUAAUGCCACUUUUAGCAUUUUGAUACCAUUUGUACCACAUUGA